AUGCAGCAACGUACAAUACUGACUGAAGCCCACUUGAUGGCUCUGAAGGAAUUAAAAUCGAAUGAAAAGGUGGUUGUUCUACGUCCAGAUAAAGGAUUCGGUGUUGUUGUGAUGGAUAAGGUUUGUUACAAAGAAAAAAUGGUUUCUAUUUUGAAUGAUGAAAGAAAAUUCAGAGUGGAUAAGACAGAGGAUGAUCCGCAAGAACUGGAGAAGAAAAUCACUAUCGAGUAA